AUGGUUUCUGCAGAGUAUACGGAGGUUCAACCUCAGAAUAAACGGAAAGCCGCCGCGGCUGGACUUACCGGAGCAUCGCGUCCAGUGAAGAGACGCGCAUCCAAGGCGUGCUGCUGCUGCAGAGCCCGAAAAGUGAGGUGCGAUGUGGUGGAAAAUGGUUCUCCCUGCACGAAUUGUCGCCUAGACGAGGUGGAAUGCGUCGUGACGGAGAGUAAACGGAGAAAGAAAUCUCGGCCCGAUGGAGAAGGCAACAAACUCUCCCCUGAGUGCUCGACAGAAACCUCAGAGGAGCCGGGCAAUUAUCUCGGACGGAAAGGCAACAGUAACGGGCUGGCCUUUUCGUCGAUUCCAGAAACCAGAUUGCCUCAAUCUCCUAAAAAACAUUGUGUGGAUCUGGAAACAGGCCAUCAUGUGCCGCAUCUUAUAUAUCAAGCGCAAGGGAGACGCCUUAACGAUGACGGCCGACGUCGACGGAUGUCUGGCACAGGCAACCUCGUUCCCGGGCUUUUGCCUUGCAACCUGAACUCAGCAAAGCCGGACGGUUUCAGCGGCUCUACAGUCCUCAAUAUAUUACCUUCUCCUCGCAUGAUCAAACGAGCUCUCCCGGAUUACCUUCGUCUAUUGCCUCCUAAACUGCAAGACGCCGAUAUUGAUUAUCUUGAGGCGAAAGGAGCGCUGACGAUUCCUGAGCAUGGGCUUCGGAAUGAGCUGCUUCGAAGCUACAUUCAAUGGGUACACCCAUAUAUGCCGCUCUUGGAAUUGGACGAUUUCUUGCGCGCCAUUUUCGAAAACGAUAGUUCUCAGCGUAUCAGUCUUCUGCUCUUUCAAGCGGUGAUGUUUGCUGGUACGGCAUUCAUUGACAUCAAACACCUUCGUGCCGAAGGGUUCGAAUCAAGAAGAGCCGCACGAAAAGCCUUCUUUCAGAGAGCAAGGCUGCUCUACGAUUUUGAUUAUGAAGCGGAUCGCAUCUCCUUGGUGCAGUCACUGCUACUGAUGACAUAUUGGUACGAAAUGCCAGACGACCAGAAGGAUACGUGGCACUGGAUGGGAGUCAGUCUUUCUCUGGCACAUACCAUCGGUCUACAUCGAGACCCGGCUAGCUCCAACAUGGACCCAAAACGACAGAAAUUAUGGAAACGAAUCUGGUGGGGCACAUACACAAGAGACCGCCUGAUUGCUCUCGGGAUGAGGCGCCCAACUAGGAUUAAGGAUGAGGAUUGUGAUGUUCCCAUGCUCCAGGUCAGCGACUUUGACUUCAAACCUAUGUCCCCUUCGGUUCUGCAAGUUCUUGGAGAUGUCGAGUUGACGCACAACGUCACCCAUCAACGAGAGCUUGCAGUGAUGUUUAUCGAGAAGGCAAAGCUUUGCCUUUGUAUCAGCCAUGUCCUCUCGGCACAGUAUUCUGUUCUCGGCCAUAAAUUCGGUGGAACAAUGGAAACAACCAUGAUGUUGCUACCGAAAAAGUCCGCCGCAGAAACGUGUGAGGUUCGGCGAUGUGAUGACGAGCUAGAGCUGUGGCUUGUGAAUCUUGCAGAGGAGGCCCAAUAUCGCCCGCCUCCUUCGACGCUUUCCCCUGGAGACGGAGUGAUUUACCUGCAUCGGGCGCUUUUGUCCAUGGUCUACCAUACCACAUCCAGCGCGCUUCAUCGACCCCAGGUUCUCCCGACAACUCCGAUUCCUACGGUGGAAGUUGAGCUGCAAGCUCUAUCUCGGACCAAGGUUCGGCAUGCAGCCGUAGAAAUAACCAACAUAGCCCAAGUGCUGCAUAACCUCAAACUGACUUGCUUUUUGCCUACCACCGGCGUCACCGUUUUGCUUCCCGCUGUUAUUAUUCAUUUAUUGGAUAUCAAAUCCAACGACAUCAGUGUCCGGGCUGCGAGUCUCAAUCGCUUUUAUCGAUGCAUGCAGAUUCUUCAACGUCUGCAGGAGAUCUACGCUUCUGCAGAUUUUGCUACCUCGUUCCUCGAAGCUGCGAUUCGCAAGGCUGGUAUACAUGUCCCUACGCAAUUCUCCGCGGAAACAACGGUGAAACCGACCACGGUUGCUCCGUCACAAACCCACUUCAACGCCUUGACGCCGCCUCCCGACGUUCAACAUGAGAAGGGUUCGGACAAUACGAAUUCCCAUUCGUCGAUUGCAGCCUUGCCGACAUUCUCUCGCCCUGAAGAAACAGGUCCGCCUUUUGCAUCCACGCCACCCCAUUCGGUAGGUAGCGAGAACGGAAGCACCCAGAACGUUCGCAAUGACGAUCUCUUCAAAAUGGACCUUUUCGCUUCUGCCAAUACCAACCCUGAACCUACGCUUACUGAAUUUAUGAACAUGGCUCACGACGCCGAUAUUACCCAGAACGAUAUUGAUGCUUUGAUCAAUUUCGAAGAUGUCAACGGUGAAUUAUUUAAUGGCGAAGAAGACCUUGGAAUUAAUUUCAGCAUGGCCAACACCUUAUCCAACGAAGACAAUCAAAUAUCGCUAGAUAGCUUGAACUGGAUGCGCGAGUUUGCAAAUGGGAAUUUGCCGGCCGAGUCGGCGAUGCAGGAUGCUGAGGAAUAUACCGGCGUGAUGGAUGGCGCGGACCCAUCCGAGAAGCGGGAGCCGGAGAAGUCGGGCAUGGUCGAACGAGCGGAUGAAAUGUUGAUGCAAGAGCCAGAUGCGGCAUCGCCGGCGAAACGGGAGGGAGCAGAAGCCGUAGAAUAUACAGCAGAUGUUCGCCUUGAGGUGUAA